CCGCAUAUCCUGCCCACUGGUGAAAGUGUGUCCUGCGUUUUAUGGAAUGAUCUGUUUCAUAUCACAGGCACGGAUAUUGUACGAUCGCUCCAUUACCGCUUUCACGCUUUUGGUCGGCCUGUGUACAAUAUGAAAAAAUUUGAAGAGGGAAUCUUUAGCGAUUUGCGUAAUUUGAAACCGGGGACGGACGCGUGCUUGGAGGAACCGAAAUCGGAAUUCUUGGAGAUGCUGUAUAAGAACAAUUGCAUCCGCACGCAGAAAAAGCAAAAAGUGUUUUAUUGGUUUUCGGUGCCACAUGAUCUCCUAUUUUUGGAUGCAUUGGAGCGGGACAUCAAGCGAGAAAAAGCGGAUGCGGACCCUACCAGCAUCGCCGUCGCUGAACCGGCUACCUCGCUUUCC